CCCGUCACGUGACUGUUGUUUAAAACCUCUGGGUUCUCGAAACUUUCCUGGCGACUCGACCCAUUGGAUUAAAGAUAAGCAAAAAGACCCAUUUUCUGGGUAUGUGAAAAGGCGCCAUCCGACGGGGCGGGGCUUGAGGUGUGUUUGAGUGAUGGACAACUCCGCCAACGAAUCAGGAUUAAGAUCUCUCCCUCCGGGAAACCCAGCGGAACUCCCGUCUCCAGCCGGAGGUGUGCGCGGCAGCGGUAAUAAUUCCCAGUGGCGGUGUCUCCCGAAGCCUCACGCACGCAGCGCGAACGAAAGUCCUCCGCGUCUCACGGAGGGACACGGCGGCGUCACGCGAGCCGCGGUCUAAACGCCCCACGUCCGCCCGUGAUUGACAUCCUCCCAGUCCAAUGACUUCCGGCGUGGGGGGGGGCGGGUCUUCCUCCACGGACCUAUGAGCGCUGGCGUGGGGUCAGCCAAUAAGACGAGCGCAGGGGGCGUGGCGGGAAGUUUGAAACUCGGACUCCGGGAGUUGGGGCUCGAGCUCGGUGGCAGCUCCUGGGGUCCCCCGGGUGGCCAGCGUCGACCCACGGCGGGCCUCGGCCCUACCCCGCUGCUCGUGGACAUGGGCUCAGCCAAGAGCGUCCCGGUGACUCCAGCGCGGCCUCCGCCGGUCAACAAGCACCUGGCCCAAGUGGCGGAUCCUCGAUCGCCCAGCGCCGGCAUCCAGCGCACGCCCAUCCAGGUGGAAAGCUCCCCACAGCCAAGCACACCAUCGGGAGAGCAGCUGGUGAGCCCCAAGCAAGCUCAGGACCCUGAUCCCCGCUCUCCCACACUGGGCAUCGCGCGGACACCUAUGAAGACCAGCAGUGUAGACCCUGAGAGUCCAGUGAUGAGGCAGCUGAGCGACAUCUUUGAGACUGAUGCUUCCACUCCCCAGCCUCCGCCACAGCCUCCGUCCUCUGAAGUGGACUCACCUGGAGAUGCUCAGCUAGCUCUAGCCGACCAAAUGGGCUCUUGCAACCCACCCGAGCAUUCCUCCAAACAGGACUUUCCCAAGGAGGAGAAGAAACAGCCCACAGCAGCACCUGCGGCCAGCCAGAGCUCAGAGAAGCCAGCCAGAGACCACGAGAUGGCCCAGGCUUCAGGUUCUAAGCGCAGUAGACGGAGGCCAAACAAGAAGGUUCUGGGGAGAUCUCCCCUGACCAUCCUGCGGGAUGACAACUCCCCCGGGACCCUGGCAUCAUCGAGACAGGGUAAACGCCCUUCUCCCCUAAGUGAGAAUGUGAAGGAUAUAAAGGAAGCGACCAUUUUGGGAACUAACGGAACCGGACGAGGAUUGAAAAGCGGAGGGUGUGCAUGGGAGCAAAGCCAAGAGCAUGAGAAGGAAAAUCAGCAUUUUGCUUUGGUGGAGAGCUAGGCCUGGCCUAGCACCUGGGCUGGGUUUGCCUAGGAUCUGCUGAUUUUUUUUUCUGGAUCAUUUUUUCCUCUUUCUUUCCUGGAUGGACUGAGGAAAGGCUGGGUUUUCAUUCCUCCUCCACGACCUGCGCUGGGACUUGGCGUUUUAUUGACUUGUUUUUCUUGUAUAUUAAAGGAAGUGAUUUAUUUUA